AUGGAACAUUUAGGGGUAUAUAUAUAUGUACAAAAAACACAGUGCUUAGAACAUUUUUCCCAUAUCAAGAAAGAUGACGACGACGAAGAGUUUGAGAGUCAUACCAUUGUGCCAGACUCGGCCAUAUACCCUCCCACUGGUGGGCCAAAGGAUCUCCCGGUUGCUAGUCAUUACUUGGAUGAGACAGAAGAUAUGGUCAAUAAGCCAAGACUUGUGAUCGUGGGAGGAGGAUGGGGAGCAGUUUCGAUCAUGAAAAGUUUAGAAAAAGACAAGUAUAAUGUAACGGUAGUGAGCGAAAACAACUAUUUUCUAUUCACGCCCUUGCUUCCGAGCGCAACAGUGGGAACACUGGAGAUGAGAUCUCUUGUGGAACCAUUACGAAAGAUUGCCAGUCGUAUACACGCCCAUUUCUUUGAAGGCCAGGCUGUGGAUGUGGAUGUAGAAAACAAUCUGUUGGAAGUCAAGGGUAGAGGCUCAGACGAGACUUUCUAUAUUCCGUACGACAAACUUGUGGUGGCGGUUGGAGCCACAAGCAUUACGCACGGUGUCGAAGGGUUAGAUAAUACCGUGAGCUUAAAGACCAUCCAGGAUGCGAUUGAUAUCAGACGCAGGGUCACUACUAAUGUAGAAAAGGCGUGCUUACCCACAACUAGUCCUGAAGAGCGCAAGCGGCUUCUUAGCUUUGUGAUUUGUGGAGGUGGUCCCACUGGUGUCGAGUUUGCGGCCGAGCUUUUGGACUGGGUCAGCGAAGAUUUUGUCAAAUGGUUCCCUAAGCUUAUCCGAGAAGAGAUCAACGUUUCAAUUAUUCAAUCUAGAGAUCAUAUUCUAAACACAUUUGAUGUCCAAAUCAGUAAUUACGCCGAAAAGAGAUUUAAUCGUAAGCAUAUCAAAGUGAUCACAAAUGCUCGAGUGCAGCGGAUUGAAGACGGCAAGGUUAUCUACAAACAAAAAUCAAGCGAUAACACCACAGAGGACGUGGAAAUUCCAUUUGGACUGUGUCUGUGGUCUACUGGUAUUGCCAUGACUCCCUUUGCUAAGAAGAUCACCGACAAGUUACCUGAGCAGGCCCACCAGCGAGCCCUCACAACGGACGGCUACCUCCGUCUUCGUGGCACAGACAAUAUCUUUGCUCUGGGUGAUUGCGCUAGCAUCGAAAACCCUAAACUCAUUGAGCACCUGAUGGAAAUCUUUGAAAUGGCAGACCAGAAUAGGGAUGGUUCAUUGACAAAAAGUGAGUUUGGAUUAUGUAUCGACCACAUGCGCAAGAAGUUUCCUCUGACAGAGCAGCACCUGGAAAACGUAAAGGAAUUGUUUGAUGUGUAUGAUACAGACAAGAACGGUACCUUGGAAAUAGAGGAAAUGAGAAACAUGUUGACUUCUGUGGAUAGCAAGAUGACCAAUUUACCUGCUACUGCACAAGUGGCAAACCAACAAGGAAGAUACCUUGGAAGAUACCUUAGUGCACUGGCUGAAAAGGAUAGUGCGUUGGCCAGUCAGAUCGUUGGACCUUUUCACUACAGCCAUAUGGGUGCAUUGGCCUACCUAGGAAACACAGCUGUGGGCGAAUUUAAUAAGGGGUUCAAGAUGAUUGGAGGUCUGUGGGCGCUUUACUUGUGGAGAAGUGUUUAUUGGAGUGAGCAAGUCAGUGCACGCACACGAGUGAAUCUUAGUAUAGACUGGACAAAGCGUGCCAUAUGGGGUAGAGAUAUAUCAACUGUGUAGACUAAUAAAAAUAAAAAUAAAAAUAAAGAAUUCAAUACAAUACAAUACAAUACAAUAAAAAAUCAAACGCGUUC